GCCGCGCACUUCCCUUCUUGUGGUGAUGGCGAUGGAACCCUCACGUGGUGUGGCGGUGGUGCUUCUGGCGGCGGUGUGCUGCCUCCACGGUGCUCAGGGAACAAGCCCCCCCUACCCUCCUUUACCUCCGCCAAGACCACCUGUGUGUCCGCUUAGCAAUCCUCUCACCAAGAUAAACUUCGUGCAGAAUGCUCAUGGACGUGCCCAGGUAGUGCAGUACGUCACGGACAUUCCUCGCCUCACCAGCUUCACCAUUCACUAUUGGUUCAGUUUGGAAACCACCAGCAAAACACACACUCUGUUCAACUACGCAUCGGAUUCCUAUGCCGGUUCGGAACUCUUAGAGGUGCAGCUGGAGACAAACGACGAAGGUAGGAAUCAAUUUUGGAAGGUCACCAUUGAAGGCGUGGAGACUAGAGUCAGCGCCUACCCGCCCAUCGGGCAAUGGCAGUGGUACCACGCCCUUCACUCCUGGGACUCCAGCACGGGCAUCAUUAGUCACUACAUUAAUGGCGAGCUCCUCCAGUCACACUACAAUUAUCAGACCAAAGGCUUGGUGAUCUCCCCGAGAGGCACAGCUCGAUCAGGACAGACCCGUCGUGCACUCUUCAACAAUGGUGUGGACCAAGGCGAGGGUUUGGACGGCUGGCUCACACUCCUCCAAUUCUCUGGCAAACCCAUCGGCGUCCCGACCUCAUCUGACACUGUAGCCGCCAAGGCUGAGCGCGCCUACAGGUGUGAAGAUCAGGAGGAGGGUGAGUUCAUCAGCUGGAGCAAGACCCCGAGGAAGAGCUUCGGCGGCGUGACUGCCUUCCCUACCUUCAAAAGUGUUUGUGGCCAGUUCUAAGCAAGGUAGGUAUAGGAGAGGUAGCGUCACUCUCAUAGAACGUGAAGAACCAAAACCUGAAAUGAGCUUUUUUAUUACGAGCUCUUGGAUGUUUUUAAUGUUAUAAACUAUUACAUUAAAAUAAAAUAAGAUGUCGAUUUUUUGUUAUAUAUCGUAUGAAGCAAUUGCUAUCGAAUAAAAAAUAUAAAUAGAAA